AUGGGCUACCCGGUGAGUGUUGUUUCGGCCGAUGUUUAUAUGGACUACCUGGAGGUGAAAGCCCUUAAGGAAUACCGAACACUGGGCAACAUUUCAUAUAAA